AUGGGUGACAAGACAUUUCAUAAGGCCUCGGUGCUUCUGGGCCGGGCAGGAGACGCCCCAACAGUUGUCGAAGCGGUACAGUUCCAUGGUAUUCGAAUUACCAAAAACGAUGCUUUAGUGAAAGAGGUUUCUGAACUGUAUAGAAGUUCGACGCUUGAUGAACUCGUUCAUAACUCUCAUCUUGCGGCAAAACAUUUCCAGGAAGUUGGAUUGAUGGAAAGUGCUGUUCCACUGAUUGACGUUGCACCAUCUAGUAAUGGUUAUAUUGUCAAUUUUGUAGUUAAGGAACCAAAG